AUGUGUAUAGCCAUAGCAACAACAAAUCAUCCAGAUUAUCCAUUUAUUUUACUUUCCAAUAGAGAUGAAUUUUUCAAACGACCAACCAUGCCAGCUCAUUUUCGAGAUGUGGGGAAUGGAGUCAAAUUAUUAUCACCUUUAGACCUUGCAAGACAAGAACAUGGUACUUGGAUAGGUGUAACCACCAAUGGGAAAAUCGCAGUAUUAGUUAAUUAUAGAGAGAAUGAUGAAAAAGAAGCUAUUAGUGAAGUUUCAAGAGGAAUAUUACCAUUAGAUUAUUUAUGUGGUAAAGAACUGGAUAAUGAAUGGAAAGAUAAUUUGGCAUCAACAUUCCGUGAUGGUCGAACAACAAUUGAUUUAAAAAAAAUUGGUGGGUUUUCAUUAUUAUAUGGAAAAUUGACCAUAAAUCCAGAAACUGGCAAAAUUCAUCAUUUAAAUAUAUUAAGUAAUCGAGGUGAUCAAGGUAAAGUAUUUAAAUCAAAGGCAAAUAGUAAAGAUAUUGCCAAUGGGAGUAUUGAUGUUAGUGACGAUAUUCCUCAUAAGACAACAUUUGGAUUAUCAAAUUCAUUAUAUAAUAAACCAUGGGAUAAAGUGAAAUUAGGAGAACUUUUAUUGAGUAAUUUAAUUGAUGAAUCAAUUACCAAUAAUUAUAGUCAAGAUGAAUUAAUAGAAAAAUGUUUCCAAUUAUUAUCACAUGAUACAUAUAAUUCUAAAAUUCUUAAUAGUAAUGAUUUUGAAAAAAAAUUUUCUGAAUUGAAAUAUUCAAUUUUUAUUCCCCCUUUGAUUCGAAAUAAUUAUGAAACUGAUUCAAUAGCAGUAGGUAAAUAUUAUGGAACAAGAACUCAAACAAUUAUAUUAUUAGAUAAAUAUGGUAAUCUUAAUUAUUAUGAAAAAAAUAUUCAUAAUUCUGAUGAUAUUGAUGAAAAAAUUGUUGAUAUUACUUCACAUUAUAAAUUUAAUAUCUUUAAUGAUCAAAAAAAUGGAUGUUAA